AUGGAUCCGGGCCGCUUUGUCAACCCAACAGCUGGCCCAUCCACAUCUCAACAGCCAGCCCCGGCACGCCCGCAGCAAAAGAAGCGCCCUCGCGAAGACGCACCACCUCGAGGCAUGUCCGGGCCCGCUGGCGGGACCGGGGGCGCCGGCGACCUCUCAAAGGUACGCGCGUUCGCCGCUUGCCGCGCAUGUCGACAGAAGAAGGUCAAGUGCCUUCCCGGCCCAGCGACUGGCGCGGGCGGCAAUGCAGCCUGCCAGCAGUGCACGAUGAGCGGCGCCGAGUGCGAGUACCAGCCGACCCGCGAUCGCGCAGCCUACUCGCGCGCGUACGUCCAGGACCUCUCGGGUCGCGUCCAACAGCUCGAGGCCAUGCAGGCACGCCUGCUCCCUCUCCUCACAGCGUUUGAGGCAUCGGGCGGCAAGUUGCCGGCUGACGUUGCCAAGCUCGCCGCGGCGGGCGGCCACCCCGAGAGUGACGAUGCCCCGUUAAUACGCUCACGAUUGCCGUCGCCAGCGGACGACGAGGACGAGGAGAGCGCUCGCUUCCUGACCGACGAGCACGGCAACUAUCGCUGGAUCGGGGGCAGCUCGGCCCUCUCCCUCAUGGACUCGUUCUCGGGAGACCGCGACCUUCCCAGCCGUGUCAAGUACGGCAACAUCCACGGUGACGGACACCAAGACGCGUUAGGGGAGUCGCCGCCCGAGUCUCACCCUUAUUUUGCGCCUGUCGCUGGGGCCGGCGUAAUCCGCGCCAUCCCUGGUGUCGACCAGGUGACGUUCCCGCCCCGGGCUGACUCGGAGCGCAUGGUCGACGCCUUCUUCGCAGAAGUGCACCCAGUGCUGCCUGUGCUUCUCGAGCACGACUUUAGACGCCGCUUCAAGAGCCUCAUGGACAAGGUCGACGCAGGCGAUUUCAGCAACAUCCGCGCAGGCUUUAUGAGCGUCGUCUUCGCUGUGUUCGCGCUGGGCGAGCGUGUCCUCGUGACCUCGGCGGCAUGGCAGCGCAUGCGCGCCAAGCUCAGUAACGGUGAACUGUCUGACCAGGACUCGCCGCAGCCGGGCGAGGCCGAAGCGGGCGUUAUUUGGUUCGAGCGCGCCCAGGUGCUGCACUACUCGUCCAUUGGCGAGAUCGAUAUCUACCAGGUGCAAUGCCUGACGCUCCUGUCUGCCUUCCAGGCGGCCGUCAACUCGAUGCCGAUGAGCUGGCUUCUGGCGAGCCAGGCGCUGCGCAUUGCACAGGACAUUGGUUUGCACCGCUCCGCCCCGCGCUUCAAGGUUAGCUUCAAGGUUAAGCAGCUGGGCGCCCGGGCGUGGUGGGCAGUUUACGGCCUUGAGCGUCUCGUGUCGAUCACCCUUGGACGCCCCCUUUGUGUGGAGGAUGCGGAUAUCGACUUGGCAUACCCGGCAGCCGUUGACGACGCGACGAUCGACAGCUUCGGUGACGCGCUCACUGAGGAGGCAGGCAACUUGCCAGAGGAAAAGCCGGACUGCACGAUGAGCGGGUUCGUCGCGCUCACCAAGCUGUGCAAGAUUGCCGGACGAGUCGCGCAGUUGCUCUAUCGGCCCAGCGGGCGCAGCGUCAACGACCCCCAGUGGAGCGAGCAGCAGCAGAGAACAAUUGACAAGCUGGACAAGCUGCUGCGCGAGUGGCUUCAGAAUGAAGUGCCAUCAAAGUACAAAGACCCGUCGUCGUCGCGCGCUGUGUCCCUCAUGUCGGCCGUGCUGUCCAACUCGUACUUUGCCGUCCUGAUCACGCUGCACCGUAACCUGUUGCCGUCGAACCCCAACUUCCCGCGCCCGAAGCCGAUCGCUUCGAGCCAGAGUCUGGCGCACUGCGUCGAAGCCGCGCGUUCAGUAAUCCACGUCGCCGCCCAGAGCAAGGUACUCGUGCCUGUAUCGCACCACCUCGCCGUGUUCUGCCAAUACCUCUGGUCGUCGGCGGUGAUUCUGCUCCUGUGUGAAACACGGGCGAAGGAGCAGGUCGUGGUAGAAGCGGUCGGCGCGCACGUCGAGAGCUGUCGGCAGUCGCUGCAUGCUCUCGAGCCGGUAUGGCCCGGCGCCUCCAAGCUACGCUAUCUUCUGGGCGAGGUAGAAACCCGUGCGAAAGAAGUACGCGCUUCAGCCGCGCGACCCAACAAAAGGCGCAAGCCCGACGCCUCCGCCAACGGACGCGCGCGCCCGCCUACGGCCCAGACGAGUCCGACCAAGACCGAAGCAGGUCCGGGCUGGGCUCCGCCGACGGGAGGCAGCUCUGGCCCAUCCACAGCGUUCCCGACCCCGCCUAUUCCGCAGAACACUAUCGCGCCGUCCAACCUCGCCACGGGAACGUUUGAUAUUUUCGACGUGGGCGGUAUGACCUUUGACGGUCUCGAGAUGCUCAAUGCCUUUACGAGCGACGCGUGGCAGGGCCAGGUCCCAAACACGUCCACCUCUCCCAUGACUGGCGUCACUCCAACAGGGACGGCGGGCUCGGGCCCAGAGUCCAAGCCCAUGGUGUCGCCGGCGCAGCGCAUGGCCACCGAAGUACAGACGACUCCUACGCUGUCGCCACACGGGCCGACUGGUAACCCAUGGCAGCAGUUUGGACACAGUCCCGGCGGGCCAGUGCCGCCAGAGAUCGCCGAGAUUUGGAGCCAGAUUGCGGGCUCGACAUUCGACUGGCAGGCAGACCCGAGCGUGCCCUUCAAUAUCUAA